CUUUAACCGGAAGUGUGCGUUUCCUGUUUGUUGUGUCUGUGUUGUGCAGUCGAAAUCGAGCUUUACAGUGUUGUUAUCUGUAGCUGUAAUGUAGAAUGUUAACAUUCUGCGUAGUUCAUCAGAGUACCAACGUUUUCUGGUCAGCUGCUGAAUAUUUAUUGUAAACUAAGCAAGUCAGCUUAAGAGCAAUUAUGUCGGAUGCGUUGUCUGAUGAUCAUGAUGCCAGCGACAUGAGCGGAGGAGAUGACGGCCAAGAAGAUGUGAUGACUCCAUCGGAACUGAUUGGGAAACUGGAAGAGGUAACUAACUAGCUAGCCAGCCAUAUUCACUAUACUGUAGCCAGACAUAUAUGUUUUGCAAUGCACAGAUCCUGUCAAAACAAAAAGCGUCAUUGUCACUGCUCCUACGCUAUCAUAAAGUGGACAUUGUGUGUGUGUUCCUCUGUCCCCAGGCCUGGCUGAAUGAGAAGUUCUCUCCUGAGCUUCUAGAGAACAAGUCAGAGAUGGUGGAGUGUGUGAUGGAGCAGCUGACUCACAUGGUAAAUGGUGGUGGGGUGCCUCACAUAACGGAGGGGUGCAGCAGCUGUGUCUCUGUGAGCAUUGAGGUUCCAGUAAUAAUAAUAACAACAACAGAACUACUACCUUGUGUGAUUCUGUUGACAGGAGGCCAAUCUGCAGCGGGUUAGGAAGGGUGAUAUGAAGGCCAGUGUCCACCGCAUGGAGAUUGACAGGAUCCGCUAUGUCCUCAGCAGUUACCUCCGCUCUCGCCUCCAAAAGGUAACAACAACCCAGCAUGCUGUUUGAUGAUCUUCUUAUGAGAGGGACUAUAAAUCAAUGCUCAAACUGACACCUUUCUCUCUGGUCCUCUGUUGCCUGUGUAGAUUGAGAAGUUUUUCCCUCAUGUCUUGGAGAAAGAGAAGUCUCGAGCGGAGGGAGAUCCUUCAUUCCUGUCUCCAGAGGAGUUUGCCUUUGCCAAAGAGUGAGUGUUAUGGUGAUGUUGUCGCUUUUAGUUAUAAUGACUGUAGUUGGAGGAAAGUCUGUGCGUUGUUUGAAUGUCUUAUUUACUUCCAUUAUUAUUAUUAUUAUUAUCAUAUGUGCUGUGUUCCAUCUCUUCCAUUCAGAUAUCUGGCCAACACAGAGACCUAUCUGAAGGCUGUAGCUCUGAAACACAUGCCCCCAAAUCUACAGACGGUGGAUAUGCCAAAAGCAGGUGAGGCCUGGCAAGAUAUUAUUUACAUGAUUUACUAUUCCAAUAUUCUGAUCGGCUGCUUGUAAAAAAUAUCAGUGGCAUGUUUACUGUGCAUGGAUGGAAGCAUUGUAUUCUCUUGUCACAUGAUUAACUCCCAUGUGUAAUGAUAUGUACCCAGUGCCAGAGCCCUGUCUGGACUCCUUUGUGUUCCUGCGUGUGAGGGAGAAACAGGAAAACAUCUUGGUGGAACCUGAGACAGACGACCAGAGGUACAGUAUCACACAUGAUCAUUGGACUGAUUGAUGGGUGCCACAGCUUCACGAGAGCAGCUCAUUUUAAUUUGGAAUAGGCUUACUGCUAUCUCACUUUGUUGAUAAUGUAUCAAGAUUUAAGAAUAGAAGUCUGAUGAAGAGUAGGUUGGUUAUUUAUGCAGUAUUCUGUAGAUCCAGUAGGUGGUAGCAUAUGUCUGUAUAAAUGUGUUUUCUAUUUACUGUUACUGUCUGCAAGAAUAUAUACCUGCUUACUCCACGGACAUUGUAUUGUUAUUUAUUGAUAUGCCUGGUCUCUUGCUAUGAAAUAAUUUGACAUUUUUUGUCCAAUAUUUUCUUCCAGAGAGUAUGUUGUGGAUCUUGACGAGGGUUCUCAGCAUCUGAUGCGGUAUCGCACUAUAGCACCUCUGGUUUCAAGUGGAGCAGUACAGCUCAUUUAAUUGUCAAGGUACUCAACUAAUAGGCCACACUGAUUUCCCUGAUAUCUAAUCUAUG